CCAAAAGAACAAACCACUUCAAACCAAAUUCAAACCAGUUGCCCAGAACCUAUAAUAAUUCUCUAUCUAAAUCAUCUAUAUAUGACCCAUAUAGAUUGCCCAUUGCCAUAAAAGCUGAACGGUUUCCUCUUUUGCCCGAAUACUGUCGAAGAAUGGAAACUCCUUGCCUCUUUAUGUCUCUCACCUCACUCCUCUGUUUCUUCGUCCUCUUUCCACACUCAACAGCUACUGCACCUGUUGGAAUUUGCUAUGGCCGCGUGGCCGACAACCUACCUCCACCUUCCGAUGCAAUCAACCUCAUUGUAUCAAACAGAAUCACCACCGUUCGGCUCUUCAAUGCCGAUCCAGACACUCUCAGAGCAUUCUCAGGCACCGGCAUUGCUCUCAUGAUUGGAGUCCCCAACGAAGCCCUCCCUUCCCUUGCCAAUGGCACAGUGGAGUCCUCACUCCAGUGGCUCCAAUCCAACAUUCUUGCCGACAUCUCGGCCAACCAAAUCCGGUACCUUGCAGUAGGGAAUGAAAUCUUCCUCAAAGACCCAUUUUACACAGCCUAUGUACUUCCUUCCAUGCAGAAUCUAUACAAAGCUCUUCGAGCACUAGGCUUAGCUGACACAAUCAAGCUAUCUACUGCUCUUGCAGCCUCUAUACUCUCCAAUUCAUACCCUCCAUCUGCUGGAGUUUUUGAUCCUAAUCUCCAGCCUGUAAUGGUUCAACUACUGCAGUUUCUACAGGAUACUGGAUCACCGUUAAUGGUGAAUGUCUAUCCCUUUUUCAGCUACACAAGCAACCCACAGUAUGUCUCACUGGAUUAUGCUCUAUUCCGGCCUACAACCACCGAGUAUGACCAAAGCUUGGCUUAUGACAAUAUGUUUGAUGCUACAAUCGAUGCAUUUGUAUAUGCAAUGGAGAGGGAAGGGUUUGAGGGGAUUCCGGUGGUGGUGUCGGAAACAGGCUGGCCAACGGCAGGCAGUGAAGCAGCAAGUCCUGAGAAUGCAUUGGCUUAUAAUGGAAAUGUUGUGAGACGAGGACUGAACAAUGUGGGCACGCCAAAAAGGCCUGGGGUUGGAGUAGAAGUGUUCUUGUUUGAUCUGUUUGAUGAGAAUAAGAAAGAGGGGGCAGAGUAUGAGAAGCAUUUUGGUGUCUUUGGAGUAGACGGAGUCAAGGCAUAUAACCUCAAUUUCAACUAG